AGGCUCAGGCACCAUCUCGGUCGCAUUUAUGCUCACCUCGUACUGGCGAUAAUUAAAGUAUUUCUUCAGCACGUCGGUUGUCCUUGUCUGUUUCGAUUUCCUCGGUGUGCUUUUAGUACCAUUAUCCUACGACCUCUACCUCCGCUCGGUUUUGUUUUGGUUGGUCCCGAACCAACUUUGCUUCCUCACAAGUAGCUUCGGUUUGAAAUCGAAGCUGAACAUCUUCAAUCUGUAGUACGUGUCAACUACCAUCAAAUUACUAGACGUUACAACAUAUACGACCACUAUCUACAUGUUUGCUUUUUACCAAGUUGGUAAGUACCACCCGCCCAAAAUGGUUUUCUCCACGAUCCGCACAGUGACCAAUUUUACCCAAUUUGUCCUGAAAGACCUCCCCGCGUCAGUCAUGGUGGGCGCGGCGGCAACAGCACUGUACUUCGCGGAGGUACAGGCGGCGCUGAAAGUUGCGGGCGUGAUGAUCGGCGCGAACCCGCCGCUCGCGGCGUUAUGCGCCUUCUUCGCGGUUGUGUUUUCCACCAUUAUCCUGUGCAAAAGUAUCGUACUCGUAGUAAUCGCAGUCAUGCAUUACAAAUCUCCAUGCCAAGGUAACACAGCAUGACAAAUUUCAUUUGUCAUGCUGACCGAAUUUGUAAUGCGAUUUCUACUAGUACGAUACUUUUGCAAUGCAUAACCAUGGCGGUGCUGCAGUACAAGGGCGAUUUCGACUUUUUCUACUUCGCCAGGUAUCAACCGUAAAAAUGUCUGGGUCUGGAAAAAUGCAACUUGUCAUGCUCAAUCUGAAGCAUGCAAAAAUCUGUGUUGCAUGAUUACCAAAAGUCGUCCAGUUUUGAUCAAGUCGGGAGGGAGUUUCUCAUGCAGGAUAGGCAUGAGAGAGAUCGCACAGAAUCUGUCGUGCUAGGUCCUGCAUUGCAGACCUCAUGGGUCAUGGAAAAGCUGCAUGACAAAUCUGACAAUCUUCCAGACCCAGACACUUUUGCAAUCCAUACCAGGACGCGCGUCCGGAAGGACUACUACGACAGCAUCGCGGAACUGGACUUUGACGGCUUUUACCAAACCAUGCAAUUGGACUACGAGAAUUUGGUGAGAUGGGUGUCAGAAAACGGAAACUACGUUUACACCGUAUCCUAUGUAGAAACGUCCCCACCCCAUAGUUGUCAUGCGGGUUUGCAAUGACAGGAACAUUUGUAAUGCGAACCUACAUGAGAGGAAUUUCCCAUCGUGUUUUGAAAUUUGUAAUGCCGUAAACAGGAUAAGAAGGUGGGUUUGUGAUGCGACUGUCCUUGCUAAGCUGCACUACACUACAAAGACAAACCUGUCAUGCAUGGCUCCGAAAACUCCUGGAUUUGUGUUGCCGAGUUCCCAACUUGACUAUGGGGUGGGGACGUUUUUACAUAGGAUACACUGUCGUGUCCGCAAACGUUUUGGAUUUGUAUUACUACCUUCUCGUCGAUUUCGGGUUUAUCCUGAGUAAAAACGUACCCACACCACAGUUGUAAUGCAAAUCUGCAUGCUGAAAAUGUUUCUCAUGCGGAGCCCCAUGAGAAGCAUUUUCCAAUCGUGUUUUGCAAUUUGUCAUGCUCCAAUCAGCAUGGUCAGAUAGAUCUGUGAUGCUGCUGAGCUAGCUCAAACAGCACUACAAUACGAAUCCAAAUUUGUCAUGCAAAACAGCUAAAACUUGUGGAUUUGUCUAGCCGAUUCCCCAUCUUGACUCUGGUGUGGGUACGUUUUUACUCAGGAUAGGGUUGCCGGUUUUGUUAGGCGCCAUGGCGCUCGGCUCCGUCCUCGGCGUGGUGGGUCUGUAUGUACUCUUUGUCGGGCUGCGAAGGAUGGUUUUUGGAAGAAAUAAGGUUAAUGUUCAACAGCACCCAAAUUAUGCACAGUUGAUCGACGGCGCAAUUUCUAGCAGUUCUGUUGGUGUUACUCUUCCGCAGAUGACACAGAUGAACAGAUCCGGAAAGAUUGCGAAGCCGAAGGAAUCCGUGUCCAUCCGCUCCCCGAAUCUGUUAGCUCCUCCGAGUAGAAGAUCUUCGAAAGAGAGUGUGACAAACAUAAGUCCGCGUCCGGUUGACAGCAAAAUGAAUUCCGCACGACCGGUUUCCCCGACCGCAACCUCGAGCCGCGCGUCUCCGCCAGGCAGUCCCCGCCGGCGUGUGUCCCGCACUGAGGCGGAGUACGAGCAGGACCAGCUCCUUACGCCCUACGAUGCGCAAGUGCUUUCGCCAACAGGGAAUCAACCGAAGGACCGGUUUAAAAACCGGCUUUCCUCCUCGUCGCGGUCGCCGUCCCCCGUGGCUCGCGGCGGAUCCAAAUCCUCCGAACGGAGUUCCAAGGGGAAGGGCGGGCUGGGCCGGAGCAGAUCCCCUGUACCGGGGGCGGUGGAUCCCUCGUCAAAAUCGGAGAAUGAUGAGUUGAAUUCGAGCAGAAAUCUAUUGGAACAGUUGCAGCGAAAAUCCGUGACCAAGACGGAUUUGGAGUUCAAGGAACAGUCCACCGCACUGCAGCAAAUUGGGGAGUACUUGGACCGACUGACGAUGAGUGCCUUCAACUCCGGCCCCUUUGGAGGGAUAUCAAAUGCAAAAAUGUCUGGGUCUGGAAGAUCGCAACUUGUCAUGCUAAAUCUGAUUCAUGCAAAAACUCUGUGUUGCACGAUUACUACCAACAGCCGUCCUUUUUUACCAAGUUGAGAGAAAAUUUUUCAUGCAGAAUAGGUAUGAUAGAUUUUUCACAGAAUUUGUCAUGCUUGGCACUGCAUUCCAGACCUCAUGGGUUAUGUAACACCUGCAUGACAAACCUUCCAUUCAUCUAGACCCAGACAUAUUUGCAAUCCAUAAGGGAACAAGAAGCACAAGCAGCUGGUGAACCCGUACUACGUGCACCCGGCUUCGUAUGGAUGUGUCAGAGUUGAAAUCGACAAAGUUGAAAUGAUUUGUCAUGCAUAAAAUGCGACACAGAGACUGACUCUAUUGCUGAAGGCGCAAGGGAGGCAGAUUCUAGUGCUGGUAAGGGUCAAGCAUUGGGCUGCUGACUAGCAUGACAGGGAGCAGCCAUCUUGCCCUAAACAGCAUGACAGACUUGCUUCAGAGGCCAGGAAAACUUGUCAUGCGCCGAUUGAUAACUGUGGGUCCAACUGGUAUAGAUUUCAUGCAUCGCAAAUUAUUUCAACUUUGUUAAUUUCAAUCCUGACAGUUCCAUACUUCGGAUUUGCCCGGGCAGAAAUCGAAAAAGUACGACUUUGUGCAGCCGAAGUCGAUUCAAAUGGCGGAGCAGAUCCACCAAGAGGCGGCUGAGAAGAAAGCGAUGGAACUAGAAUUAUACCAGCAGGAGCAACAAGAUCUCUUGAUGAACACAAACAACAGAAGUACUUCUCUCCGAGGGUCCUCUUCGUCCUCUGCUUCGAAAAUGGACAAAAAACGUCGACCCUUCUACCUCCGUGCGGGCUCCUCGCGGAACAAGCACGCCUUGUCCCACUCCGCCUUCGAAUUGCCCGGCGUGUUGCAGAAAAAACGGAAACUCGGGACCGUGAGGAAGCCGCCCCCGCUUGAUUUCGGCGAGCUGGAUUACGAAAAGGCGAAACAAGCCGGCUUGCACCACUUGAUCCCGGCGGAGAAACUUGAUGUUUAUCCCGCUGGGGUCGUUUAUCAAAUGCAAAUAUGUCUGGGUCUGGAAGGUUGCAACUUGUGAUGCUGUUCUUGGAUUCUAAAAAAAAUCUGUAUUGCAUGACCAGCAAGAGGAGCCCAGUUUGUGCUACGCGGGCGGGAGGCCAUUUCUCAUGCGGAAUAUUGCAUCAGAAAGCCCUCUGAAAAUCUGUGAAGAUGCUAGGCCACGCAUUACAGGAAUCAUGGGUCAUGCAAAAUGUGCAUGACAACCCUAGCAUCUCUCCAGACCCAGACAUAUUUGCAAUUGAUAUCGUCACCCCCGGAGCGAUUUCCGCGAACGAGGAAGCGUCCGCGGCGUCCACACACGGAGGAAGGGAUAUCAACUGUAAAAAUGUCUGGGUCUGGAAGAUUCUAAACUUGUGAUGCUGUCUCUGGAUUCUGAAAAAAAUUGUAAUGCAUGACCAGCAAGAGGACUCCAGUUUGUGCUACGCGGAGAGGUCAUUUCUCAUGCUGUAGAGGCAUCACAAAGCGCUCUAAAAAUAUGUGAUGCUACGGCAUGCAUCACAGACAUCAUGGGUCAUGGAAAAUAUGCAUGACAAAUCUAGAAGUCUUCCAGACCCAGACAUUUUUACAUUUGAUAAGGGAUAACGAAGACGCAACUAACUCCCUCGAGAUGAACACCAACAGCCUGGUGGACCUCGGUGAGACCACACUGACCGCUUCGAAGCAGGAGAUCGGGCGGUCGAUGGGCAGGCGUAUGAAAUGCAAAAGCAUCGUACUCGUAUAAAUCGCAUGACAAAUCUCCUCAGCAUGAGAAAUAUAAUUUGUAAUGCGGAUUCAACUUGAGAAGGAAAUUUGUAAUGCAUGAAUGCGAUUAAUAGUACGACUACGAUACUUUUGCACAGGAUAAGGCGGACCAGAAUCCUGUUCGGGAAUCUGAUCAACUCGCACAACAUAUCCCCCAGAAAAAGACCGACAGGUCAUAUUUGUAAUGCAAAAAUAAAUAGACAAAAAAAUCUGUAUUGCAUGCCCUAAACAGGAUGCUAUGGCCUCGCCCAUGACAGAUUUUCCUGUGUAUUUAUUUUUGCAUUACAAAUAUGACCUGUCGGUCUUUUUCUGUGGGAUACAACAAGAAGCGGCUUGUCGCAGGAGCCUCGGCUCCGCGGGACAGUGCCGCCGGACGUGCAGCCCCGCAGCCGAGUUCUUACAUGGUGGCACAGAAACGGCGGGACCAAAUGCGCGGCCGCGCGAGAUCUCGGUCUCCCUUCUUUUCGACGAGGAAUGAGGAUGAUUUGGAGAAAAAUCAUUUUGGUUCAUCUCAACAUCUCCAGUUGUACAACGACGAGUUAUCGGGUACCACGAUGACAAACGCCGACUUGCACCAGCACAACUAUCAGCGGUCCCAGUCCGCCGGUACGCAGCCCUUUCAGCAACAGGAGGAGGAGAAGAUGCAAACGCAGCUGCUCGCGAUGCACUUCGAGUCCAAGUCGAAGCAGCAAGACGAGCGGAUCUUGCACGCGCAGCAGUACGCGAGACAACUGGAGCUCAAGAUGAAGCAGAUGCAGAAGCGCGCCGAGCUCGCGGAAGAGAAGUUCCACAUGCUUCGCUACGCCCAGCAGGAGGCGGGGGCGCCCAGCAAACUGCGGCUCGCGGGGGAGACCUUCGAAACGCAAAUCCAAGCGGCUAUGGCGAUGGACGCGGCGCAGGCGGAUCCGCAGCAGAUGGCCCGGGUCGUGCACGACCUGGAGCAACAGCACAACCGGAUGCUAUCAAAUGCAAAAAUGUCCGGGUCUGGAAGAGUGCAUGUUUGUCAUGCUUGUCGGGCAUGACUCUUAAAUCUGUAAUGCACGCUACCCAAGAGCCCAAUUUUGCUGUCAUGCAGAAACGCAGUUUGUCAUGCAGAAUAGGCAACAUCUAGAAGCUCAAAAGCUUUGUCAUGCUGAGCCAGCACUUGUGGCGUCUUCAUGAUACGCCACCCAGCAUCACAAGUUUCCAGACCCAGACAUAUUGGCAAUGCAUAGAUGCUGGGAAAGUGCAAGGUGGAACUCGCGAACAAGGAGGCGAAAAUAUCCUGAGUAAAAAUAUCCCCACCCCAGAGUUGUCAUGCAAAUCUGCAUGCCAAAAAAGUUUCUCAUGCGAAGCCCCAUGAGAAGCUUUUUCUAGUCGCGUUUUGGGAUUUGUGAUGCUAGAAAUAGCAUGAAGUGCUAGAUCUGUGAUGCUGCUGAACUAGCUAAACAGGAUCACACAAGGAAGACAAAUUUGUCAUGCGAAGCAACCAAAGUUGGCUGAUUUGUCUAGCAGGUUUCCCAUAUUGACUCUGGUAAUAUGGGGAUGUUUUUACUCAGGAUAGAAAAUGGACAAGAUCCGCGCGUUCGCAAAGGACCGAAUCGAGAAGCUGCAGCUGAAAGUCAAAGAAAUGGAGCAGCAAAACUCGAAGCUGGUCGACGUUCCGGCGGAAAAAUUUGACCAACGGAUCAAGUUCUUGACGGACCGGGGCGUGGAGCUGGAAAAGCAAAAAGCAAAAUUGACGAAGAAGAACGCGGACCUGGAGGUAUAACUCCUAUUGCUGAGCAGGGGCAGUUAAAAUUUUGCAACAGGGAGGAAAAUCGUCCACGCCGAAAAUUUUUUUACAAUUUUCAAACUUUCCAAAUCUCUCGCGAUUUGGGAAGUCGCCCAACGCCCAACGCCCAACGCCCAACGGCCAUUUUGCAGCUCGCAAUAUUUUUGCAGCUCGCAAUAUUUUCAAGCCCGAAAUAUUUUCAAGCUCGAAAUAUUUCCAAGCCCGAAAUAUUUUCAAGCUCGGAAUAUUUUCCAGCUCGGAGUAUUUUCAAGCUCGAAAUAUUUUCCAGCUCGAAACAUUUUCCAGCUCGAAAUAUUUUCCAGCUCGAAAUAUUUUCCAGCUCGAAAUAUUUUCCAGCUCGAAAUAUUUCCCAGCUCGAAAUAUUUUCCAGCUCGAAAUAUUUUCCAGCUCGAAAUAUUUUCCAGCGGCCAUUUUGCAGCUCGCAAUAUUUUUGCAGCUCGCAAUAUUUUCAAGCCCGAAAAAUUUUCAAGCUCGAAAUAUUUUCAAGCCCGAAAUAUUUUUAAGCUCGGAAUAUUUUCCAGCUCGGAGUAUUUUCAAGCUCGAAAUAUUUUCCAGCUCGAAACAUUUCCCAGCUCGAAAUAUUUUCCAGCUCGAAAUAUUUUCCAGCUCGAGCAAAUAUUUUCCAGCUCGAACAAAUAUUCCCCAGCUCGAAACAUUUUCCAGCUCGAGCAAAUAUUUUCCAGCUCGAACAAAUAUUCCCCAGCUCGAAACAUUUUCCAGCUCGGAAUAUUUUCCGGCUCGAAAUAUUUUCCGGCUCGAAAUAUUUGCCGGCUCGAAAUAUUUUCCGGCUCGAAAUCUUUUCCGGCUCGAAAUAUUUUCCGGCUCGAAAUAUUUCCCGGCUCGAAAUAUUUUCCGGCUCGAAAUAUUUUCCGGCUGGAAAUAUUUCCCAGCUCAAAAAUAUUUUGCAGCGCAAAAUAUUUUGCAGGGUCGCUCGGAUCUGCGCGGUCGCGUGGCACUUCCUUACUGAAAUCCCUAAGGAAAAAAAAACUUCAGCUGAUCGCGCGUCCGAGGAGAGCAACGCGAUCAGGCAGCCGAAGCCCGAAGGUGGCGAUCGCAUCCCUGCAAGUUGUACGCACGGGGAUUGUCGCCUGUCCUACUGAGAAAUCCUUUCCCUGGGUAGCCAGAAUUGCUGUGCUAAACACAGCAACUCGGGGAAAACAACCGAAAUCCUCCCUCCCCUUACCCAUACCCUCCCACUAUGCCAAUAUCCCCACACUAUCCUGAUACCCUCCCAAUACCCUACUCGGAAAUCUUUCCCCUGGGUAGCCAGAAUUGCUGUGCUAAACGCAGCAACUCGGGCAAAAGAGCAAACUUUCCCCAUCCGUUGCCAGUAUCCUCCAACUAUCCUGAAGACACCCUCCCACUAUCCUAUUGGAAAUCUUUCUCCUGGGUAGCCAGAAUUGUUGUGCUAAACACAGCAACUCUAGAAAAACAAACAUCCUCUCACUAUCCUGAUACCCUCCCAGUAUCGUGCUGAAAACCCGAUCCCCGGGUAGCCAGAAGAGCUAUGCUGAGCGCGCCAAUUACAAACAAGAAACAAACUUUUGUCAUUCGGUCCCAAUAUCCUGGCACUAGAAAGGUAGCCCCCCAUUACCCCAAUGCCUUGCCAUUGGGCCAAUGUCUUCCCCGGGUAGCCGGAAUAGCUGUGCUAAACACAGCAACUCGGGGAAAAAAACCGAAAAGCCCCGCGAUCCCUCCUGGAAAUCCCCUUAGGCAUCUCCGCCCGGGCUUCCGCCUGGAUAUGCCUUGAGGUGUCUUGCUUCGCCUGAAGUUGCAGCAACGCCCGCGCUGCAGAUGCCUUCUCAAAGUGUGUCCAGCUGGAUUCCCAGAUAGAAAUGUAUGGAGCAGGCCCCUUCGCCUUCAGCUGCAAAUCCAGCUGGAAACACUUUGAACAGGCCGGGUGGGAAAUGCAUCGAAAAGGCGUCUGCAGCUGCGUUUCCAGGUGGAAAUGCGCUGCGGAUGCCUUUUCCAAAUGUUUCCAGCUGGAUUUCCAGCUGGAAAUACACUGAAAAAGCGUGUGCCGCCGUUGGGUGGGGAACGCCACCGGCGGCCAAGCACCAGGCGAGCAGCUGCCCACCACCCUCCCCCGGCGCCCUCCCUGCUCUGUUCGCGGAGGGAAAGUCGCGCCCCAGCGCCAGGCUUGCAGGCGAGCAGCUGCCCACCACCCUUCCCCGGCGCCCUCCCUCUGUUCACGAAGAGGUCGGCAGAGGGCGCCACCAUCCGCCGUCUCUGUCUUGGAGGGUGCGCGCGAGGGAAGCAGGCGGGGGCGCAAGCAACAGGCUGCAUGCGGGCGAACACGGGGGGCGCCGUUGUUGUUCGGGGUGCUGGGCGAGGGUGGUGGGCCCCUGCGCCUGGAGGGCAAUGUAUGAAUGCCCCGCCCCGGCGCCCGUCCUCCAUCCACGCGCGCGGCAGGGGCCCCAGCGCGCCCCCGUUCUGCAAGGCUGCGCGCGGGAGAAGGGCGGGGGGCACCAAGGCGCACAGGGGCGGGGCACACAGGCAGGCGGCACGAACGGGCCACGCCACAAACGCGCGAACGGGGCGUCACGCGCCAACGCCUCGCAUGGCGCGGCCUGUUCCCCCGUCCACUGGCGGCCGCCCGCUGCCGCGCUUUGCGUUGUUGCUUGGGCCUAAGGCUUGCCGCCAAGCAAACGCGCGCCCAGUGCGGGCGGGGCCCUCGCGCUCGCACAACGACGGGAACCACGGGCGCCAUGGCGCUCCGCCUUCGUUCUUUCAGCAGGAAGCGGCGCAGAUGCCUGGCCCCGCCCUGCAUCAAAAAUCUUUUCCCUUGCCCCUCUGGCGUUUUUCUUUCCCCCCCGUCCACUCGUUCACCCUCCCACUGCGCGACAUAAGUUGUUUCCUUGUAACUAUAGUUUUUUUUACCCUUGAUCCGGUUAUCUUGCAUUUUUGCGAACUCCAAAUCAGAAUCGCAUCCACAUGUUAUUCUGUGUCGCUCUUCCUCUGCGUCGAUAAUUGGAAUUUUCUAUAUUUCCGCUCCUGCAUGUGCAUGAGCAUGCUGAUGCACGAGCGCCGGCACUCGAUACAUAGUAAUGAAUUGUGUUUGUGUAUGGACGAUGACAAUUUUCGCUAUAACCCAGGCCCGGAUCCAGCAGCUGAAGGACGGUGGGGCUACACUGAAGGGUGCGAACACGGUAUCACAUUGAAAAAUCCCCCUCCCCAUACCAAAAGGAAGUUUCUGAUGCUGGAUUUGCGUGUGCAAAUCACGUUUGUCUUGCUGUAGAGGACUGCAAGCGUCUGCCGAGCCUGAGUAGAGAGGUAGUUGUGGCCUAGGCGCUUAGCAUGAGGAACGUCUAUGCUGUAGGCCCAACAGCAUCACAAACUGCCUGCAUAAUGCGGCAGAGCCUGUGGAGUUGUCUUCUUGCAAGACAGACGUGAUUUGUGGUCUCAAAUUAGCAAGACAAAUUUUCGGAAACAUACCUUUUCGAUAUGUUGGGGAGGGGGGAUUUUUCCUCUCAAUAUACGGAAGAAUUCUACUCCGCUGCGGGCUCCUCCGAAGCUGGGGUUCCCAAAAAAACGCUCGACACCACCAGUCUCGAUGCGUCCUAUGGCGUUCUCAAACGUUACAUUCUCAACUGUUACAUGAAUUUGUGACGCAAGGGCCGCAACAGUGAAAGGGGCAAGCUUGCAACUCUCGCAUCACAAAUCCGGCACAGAUUUAGAUGCUGUUUAGCCCUUCGGGGAUUUGUCAUGCGAGGCGGCUUGAUUGUCUGGUGGCUCAUAGUAGUUUUGCAUGACACAUUCAUGUAACAGUUGAAAAUGUAACGUUUGAGAACGCCAUACGUCCCUCGACCGGGUUCGUGCGUUAAUUGACGCGGCCAAGCAGCGCAUGGAGAAAAAUUUACCGACGAUUUUCCCCGAACUGCUGGCUGGGCAGCAAAAAAACACAACAUCAACUGGAACACAACCACAGCACUACCACCACGAGGCGGAGAUGCUGGCGCACACGUUGGACGCGCUCCUGCAAAACGCGGCCCUUCUCAAGCAGGCCCUCAUCGAGUUUAAAGACUACCGAGUCCGGAUCGGCUCCGUCAUGUCCGAAGGGGCGAACUCAGACGCAUAUGAAAUGCAAAAACAUCGUGCUAGUAAAAAUCGCUUGACAAAUUUCCUCAGCAUGAGAAAUAGAAUUUGUAAUGCGGAUUUACCUUGAGAACAGAAUUUGUAAUGCAUGACUGCGAUUAGUACGAGUAUGAUACUUUUGCAAUGCAUAACGCACAGCGGAUCGCAAUCCACACGAAGAUCGGCGAGGCGAACUUGCGGGAGCUGGAGCAGUGGAUCGAACAGAAUUUGUACAUUUCAACACAUUCAACGACGAGGACCUCUGGAACUGGAACUACUACAGCCAAGGACAUGACUAUGAGAGAUGGAAAGAACAACCUCCUGAACAACCGCAUGAGCAUGGCCUCCGCGACUUCGAAAGCUAGUGGUCGGAACUCACAAGUAGAUCAAAACGCGACUUUCACAGACAAGUUGCGGGAGAAAGCCGAUCGGGAGGCGCAAAGGCUGCACGAGUGGCGGUUUAUGCAUUGCAAAUAUGUCUGGGUCUGGUUCUGGAACGCUGGAACAUGGCAUGCUAUUUCUGGAUACUGCAAAAAUCUGUGUUGCAUGAUUACCAAAAGCUGUCCACUUUUGACCAAGUUGAGAGGCAGUUUCUCAUGCAGGUGAGGCAUGACCAUAGAGGUCGUGCAGAAUCUCUCAUGCUCGGCCAUGCAUGACAGACCUCAUGGUGCGUCAUGGAACACCUGCAUUACAAGUCUCGCAGCCUUCCAGACCCUGACAUAUUUGCAUUUGAUACGGCUGAAGGAAGCGCAGUUUCUCGUUUCCGAGCAAAAGGAGGUUUUGGCCGACCAUGAGCGGGUUCGAACAGUUUUGAAGACCCGGUUUGACAAAUUCGAGAACCGGGUUGCGGAGUGGCGGAGGAGACAACUGGCCGAGAAUUUUGACCCGACAUUCGGUUCCUCGGAGCAAGAAACUUCCGCUCGUCGCAAAAACGGACAACUCUCGUCCUCUUUGAUCGCAAAACCGGAGGGCGAACAGGAGUUCAUCCAAGGUCUGACCACUGAUUCGACCCAACUGCCCCGAGGCUCCUCCGCCUCUUCUUCCGCAACCUCCCUCUCCAGUCCCCGGCAAGCGCAGGCGAUGGCGCGACGUUCGGUGGGUGGUGGGGGGAAAAACGUGAUUAGCCGCGCGCUCGCACGGUCCGCCUCGCGUGAAAAAAUCCGGCAACGCCAGCAUAUGAACUGCAAAAGUAUCUUACUAGUAGUAAUUGCAAUACAAAUUAGCUGAGCAUGACAAAUGGAAUUUGUCAUGCUGUUUUACCUUGGGAUCGAGAUUUGUAAUGCAUGAUUGCGAUUACAACUACGAGUGCGAUACUUUUGCACAGGAUACAGCACGACCGGACGCAACGGCAGGUGCCGAGGAACUUCGCGACGCCGGGGGAGUUGUUAUCGGAAGCAGCGUAUCAACCGCAAAAAUGUCUGGGUCUGGAAGAUUGCAACUUGUCAUGCUGUUUUUGGACUCUAAAAAAAUUUGUAUUGCAUGACCAGCAAGAGGGGCGCAGUUUUGCUACACGGACGGGCCAUUUCUCAUGCGGAAGGUGCAUCAGGAAGCCCUCUAAAUGUCUACGAUGCUAGGCCAAGCAUUACAGGCAUCACGGGUCAUGAGAAAUAUGCAUGACAGAUCUUGCGUUCUUCCAGACCCAGAGAUUUUUGCAUUUGAUACAGCGGACUCGGUCGCGGGCCUGGACAUGUACUCCGCAACGUCGCAACAAGGAGGAGGAGGCUCUUGCGAAAUCAACAAUGUGCAACAACAAGAAGUUGUAGGAGAUGGAGAUGAAGAACUACAGGAGGGUGUGGGGUUACUGGAGCAAGUCAGACUCGUGUCCGGUGCUGUUGAUAUACACGAACAACAACAAAAGCAGCUGCAAAAUAACAUCAACAUCACAAACAAUUUGCUGCAAAUGGACCCCCACGCGGCGGAUGUUGAUCCAAUGAUUCAGACGUUCGAAGAGGAGUAUGACAACGACCGGAGCAGCCUCGCCAGUAGAGAUAUCCUUCUCUUCGACGGCAGCCAGGCGGAUUCCAGUCCCAGGGGCGAUGGGGAGAACGUCAUUGUGCAUCAGAAUGAUCCUUUUUCCCCGGAUGAAACGGAAAUAAAUGGGCUCUCGUCGAGUGGGGCAACUUAAGUAGAUCGUGGUGCUCAACAACGUAUUCGAUCUCAGCCACGACAAGAAUUAAUUGUGCUUGCAGCUGCUGAAAAAAGCCAGAGCCUGGCACGAGUAGCAAUCCAUGAUUUUGAUUUGAUUCCUUGCGGACCUAGUAUCAUGUAAAGCAAAAGAACCUCUUCAAGAGCAUAUGAUUUCGUAGCAUUCCAAAUUGAAAGUACGAAAAAUCUGAUGUCCUCGUCUACGUGAAAAUUUGUUAUGAUAAUUUCCUCGGUGAAAACUAGCAGUACUAGUCGAGAUGUAAACGAAGUUUCUUCUCCUGUUACCUGUCGUGUUGUCAACACAAAGUGAAAGUAUGAUUGUUCACCCGUAUAGGU